AUGGGACUGCCCUUGUAUGAUCCCCUUUACAUCGAAGCCACCACGAUGGAAGUCGCGGAUCUGGACUGUGGAUACGGGAGUUUCCGUGAUGUCAUUGACCCCCCGAACGCGCUUCUGUGGUGGGCGGGAAAAGAACUCAAAGGUCAAGAUGACAAACUACUCCGUGAUUACAUAGGUCCAAACGAAAAAACUAAGAUUGUUAUUAUACUGACGCAAAAAGGGUCAGGCGCGCCGGGACGUGAAGCCUUCUAUUCGGAAGAGCAGAGAAGAGCGAUGAUGGCACAAGCCUUCCGGCGUCAACAAGAGGUGGAGAAGCUGAUGGAAGACGACGAUGACCACUAUCUGAAUUCCCAAUGGGCGGAUAGCAGGGCGUUAAAGAGGUCAUUUCACGGCAUUAAAAACAUCAAGUUUCGCCCAGUGUAG